GUCGCCCACGCUGGAUGGUGCUUCCUUCUGGAAGUACUGGUGGGCUUCCUUGCCUUCCUGUUGCCUUGACACCAGUAGCUGAAGGUGGAAAGGAAGCAGCACUCUGGGUCAGCAGGACGCUAGGAGCGUGUCCCCUCUUUUAUGACAUCACAAUUUAUUGCAUGCAGGUACGUGCAUCCUGGUGACUCUUUUUGGCAACACAGUCACGGACAAACAAAGGCACUGUCUUCAAUGGGCUGUGCUUGUGCGGGUGGGGGGGUGUUAGAGACAAACAAAUAAAUGUCUAACAGGUGACAGCGAAGCUGUGACAAAAAUGUCAAGGCAAGAAGCGAGUCGGAGAGUGAUGGGGUUGCGUUUUCAGACGGUAGCUCAGAAGGGGCUAAAGUGGCCUUACGCAGAGAAUUGAAGGAAGUGCAGGAGGAAGCCGCACAGGCAGAGAAACAAAGGCAGUAAGAACAAAGGCCCUGCGCAUCACUUCACGCUGUUUCCUUCCAUCUUUAGACCAGCCCUGCAAACGUGCGUAUCGCGUCUCCCAGGCGAAGAUGUGAAAAGAGAGACUCAGCAAGAAAAAGCGACUUGCCCAAACUAGAGCUGGUCCCCGCUGGCACCAGAGUCAAACUCGGAUCCUCUGAUCUCAGAGGCGGUGCUGGGAACCAGGGCCGUGUGCAACGGACAGUGUGAGAUGUUGCCGGAGGAGCAGAGAAGUGGGCACGCGGUUCCAGCUGAGACAACACUUCCUCUAGGAAGCAUUCACUGAUUCCUCCAGACUUGGGGGAGCUUCCCUGCUAUUUCCUCCCAUAACGUCGGCAUCCUUAUCCAGCACUUUAAAUUUUGUACUGAAAUUGUCUGUUUUCUGGAGCUCCUCACAGGCUAUACAUUCUUCGGGGGCAGGGCCAGGGUCUUGACUUUGCUUUCCUCUUCUGAAAUGAAAGAUGUCUCAGUGUGCCAUCCUCACUGGUUCUCCUUGAGCUGUCGUUGUCCGUGAGGUUAUGAGCGUCCUGACUCUCACUUCCACCUAUGCAGCCAUAUGCCCCAAACUGGACCCAUGUAACAGAGUUUGUCAUAGUGGGCUUUGCUGGGGUGCAUGAAGCACGCUCCCUCUUCUUUACACUCUUCCUCACCAUGUACCUAUUCACCCUGGUGGAGAACUUGGCCAUCAUCGUGGUGGUGGCUUUAGACCACCGGCUACGUAGACCCAUGUAUUUCUUCCUGACGCACUUGUCCUGCCUUGAAAUCUGGUACACUUCGGUGACAGUGCCCAAGAUGCUGGCUGGUUUUAUUGGGGUAGGUGGGGGCAAGAACAUCUCCUAUGCUGGCUGCCUGUCCCAGCUCUUCAUCUUUACCUUCCUGGGGGCAACAGAGUGUUUCCUACUGGCUGCCAUGGCCUAUGACCGCUAUGUGGCCAUUUGUAUGCCUCUGCGAUAUGCGGCCUUGGUGUCGUGGGGCGCCUGCAUCCGUCUGGCCGCUGCUUGUUGGCUGGCGGGCCUCCUCACACCUGUUUUGCCUAUCUACCUCAUGUCCCAGCUGACGUUUUGUGGCCCCAACGUCAUCGACCACUUCUUCUGUGAUGCCUCACCGCUGCUAGCCUUGUCCUGCUCAGAUGUCACCCUGAAGGAGACCACAGACUUCCUCGUUUCUCUGGCGGUGCUCCUGGCCUCCUCUACGGUUAUUUCUGUGUCCUAUGGCAACAUCGUCUGGACGUUGCUGCACAUCCAUUCAGCUGCUGAGCGCAGGAAGGCCUUCUCCACUUGUGCAGCUCACCUGACAGUGGUGAGCCUCUUCUAUGGCACUCUUUUUUUCAUGUAUGUCCGCACCAAAGUGGCCUCCUCCGUCAACUUCAACAAGGUGGUGUCUGUCUUCUACUCCAUUGUCACUCCAAUGCUCAACCCCCUCAUCUAUAGUCUUCGGAACAGGGAGGUGAAGGGAGCUCUGGGCCGAGCCUUGUCUCUCAGGUCUUGGAAAGGUCAGCAAGGAGGAAGGUGAAGACCUAAUUUUCUUGCCUUGGCUCUUCAGAAGGAGGGUGGUGAGGACGAGGGGACAGAGCAGUGACCUGGGUGGUCAUGAGUUAUGGAUUAUGUAUUAGUUAAAGUAAACUGUUAAUCUGGUGUAACGAGAGACACCUAGCUAUAAAGGGGCUUAAAGGAGGAAAGAGAUUUGUUCUUUCCUGCAAGAGUCCAAGGUGAGCACUUCAGGUUGGCAGGUGGCUCUGCUCAACAGGCAAAGAUGGAAGUUCCCUCAUUCCAUAGUGUCAACAUCCCUUAGGAUGUUGGCAAACUAAGCGCCGUGGGCCAAAUUCAGCUCGACACUUGUUUUUAAUGAGCUGUAAGCUAAGAAUGGUUUUUAGACUUUUAAAUGGUUGUAAACAAAUCAAAAGUAAAAUAAUAUUUCAUGACA